AUGCAGUACGUUAUUUUUCAGUCUCCCAAUAGAGGAACUCAGAAGACACAUUCGAGGCAUUCUUCUGAAGGUUUAACUGGUCAUUCUUUGAUAAAAUCUUCUAGAUCUGAUGGCUUGUUCAUGGAAAGAGGAUCUACUGCACCCACCAGAUUAUCAACUUCUGUGUCCUUGAACAGGCAUGGCUUCAUAGAACAAACUUCAGUUUCCAGAGAACUGUUUAUAACCUCUCCUGGACAGUCAAAUGAAAACUCUUCUCCUGGAGAUGCCCCUUCAGAACCCCUAUCUUGGGCAAAAGAGCCAACGAACAGUCCUGCUAAACUUGAGGCAAUGGUAAUUGGGGACAAUGAAGAAAAUUGUGAUGCAGAUAAUGAGUUGCAAACUUUCCCGUAUGAGCUUUUGAAAGUAUCGUCAGGUACAACACUGGCAGGCAUAGAUGUAACAAGACGCGAGGCUUAUUUAUCCACUGAGGAAUUUAAAGUGAAGUUUGGAAUGAACAAGAAGGCAUUUUACAAGUUGCCAAAAUGGAAACAAAACAAGCUAAAGCAGGCUCUCAAUCUAUUCUAAGAGGCUGCUGCUCAGAGGAUGAAGUUUCUAAGAUCUAAUUCUGUGUUUCUCAAGUAUGGAAAGUCUUAACCAGCUCAGAAGAAAUUUCAUGUGAACUACCUGACAUAGAUCUGUUUUCAUCCCUGAUUUAGGCUUCGUUUGGGACUGCUUGCUCAUUGUUUUCUAAAGCAGUUUUUUAAUAUAAAAAUAGAAAAUUUUGUACUAAAAAGCUGCUUUUGAAAAUAUUAAAAAAACUGCUCCAAACGAGCCUUGGAUAGCUGCGACUUAACUAUAUAUUUUCAUCAAAAGUCAGUUGAAGUACUGCAAUAAUAUCUUUUGUUACUACAUUAAAUUCAAGCUGAUUAUCGUGCAAGUCUUGGGCUAAGUUUAGUUCAGAUAAGGAUAAUUACAGUGUGACUGGCUUUCAUCUUUCAUGAGGGAAUUGUGUACUGGAAUGAAUGGCAGAGAAGAAUGCCAAAAGCAAUUCUAUUUCGUUCUUUUA